AUGUCGCGCUACGCUGAAGCCCAUGCUAAGCCAAACGGCCCUGGCGACGCGCGCCCAACAGCCCUGCAAAUCAUCAUGGACGAGGGUGUUGAAGACAAGCUCAAAGGCGAGGUCAUUGUCAUCACUGGUACGUCUUCCGGCAUCGGCAUCGAAACCACUCGCGCCUUGGCUACCACUGGCGCCACCCUCUUUCUCACGGCCCGAGACGUCGCCAAGGCCCAAUCCGCCCUCGCUGGUAUCUUUGAACCCUCCCGUAUGGAGAUUAUCGAAAUGGACCAGGCCAGCCUCUCUUCCGUCCGCGCCGCCGCCGCCGCCAUUCUCGCCAAGACUUCCAAGAUUCAUCUCCUUGUGAACAAUGCUGGUAUCAUGGCCAUACCCGACCUUCGUCUAACCGCUGAUGGCCACGAACUCCAGUUCGGCACGAACCACCUAUCACAUUUCCUAUUUUACAAGCUCUUGGAACCCGCUCUUCUCGCUGCCGCUUCCCCCCAACUCCCAUCCCGCGUCGUCAAUCUCUCUUCCUCGGCCCACAACGUCCACGGGAUCAAUGACUCCGACAACUACAACUUCCAGAAAGGUGGCUAUGACGCCAGUGUGGCCUACGGCCAAUCUAAGACCGCCAACAUUUAUAUGGCCAACGAGAUCGAGCGUCGCUAUGGCUCGCGCCACCUACACUCCACGAGCGUCCAUCCCGGUAUUGUACAGACCGGCCUCACCCAGCACAUGCCCCCGGAUGCCUUCAAGGGGAUGGAGUUCUUGUACCCCACAAUGAAGAGCGUUGAGCAGGGUGCCGCAACCUCGGUAUGGGCAGCUGUCAGCAAAGUAUGGGAGCACGAAGGUGGCAAGUACCUUGUCAACUGCGCUGUGGCAGAGCCGUACGCGGAAGGGGAUGACAAAUUUUCUGCGCUCGGGUAUGCCCCGCACGCCUAUGAUGUGGAAAAGGCGAAGAGGCUAUGGAAAGACUCGCUUGAGAUGGUAGGAUUGCCGGACGAGGAGUAG